AUGAAGCAAUCAGUCACUCACUAUCGAUUUCACUUUUUCUCCCCUCCACAACCUCCCCCAGAAACACUGCCUGAAAAUGAAGUUUACUCUGUGGCUGGUCACCAAAACCAAUGCUUCACUUUCAUUUUUGUAUUCCAAACAGGAUUCUUGCCUUGGAUAAAGCGGGUAGACCAUGCCUAUUUCCUGAAAGCAGAGAAUUGUUUAUUUUGUAUGAAGUUGAUCGGGUUUGCUUUGGUAAAAGGAGCAAAUAAACGUUAUCCUAAUGUAAGGAGAUGGGCUCUGAAGGUAACCAAAGUUCACAAACAGUAA